AUGGCUAACUGGCCAUGGAAGAGGGCCAUCAAUCCUCACUAUGAAGAAGUCAAGGCUGAGUCAGACGCGUGGGUCCAUAGCCUCAACUUGUUUACACCAAAGUCACAGCGCGCAUUCGAUAAGGGAGACUUCUGUCGCGUGGCUGCACUGGUGUAUCCACGGCUAGGAAAAGAACACCUCCGUACAGGAUGCGACAUGAUGAAUCUGUAUUUUGUCCUCGAUGAGUAUACCGAUGUCGAGGACAGCAAGGCAUGCCGCGCUACAGCAAACAUCGUUCUGAAUGCCUUCAGCAACCCACAAAAACAAAGGCCCGAUGGGGAGAACCCAGUCGGUGAGAUGACAAGACAAUUUUGGAACUUGACGAUGAAAACCGCAAGUCCGAUGUGGCAACGACGCUUCGUUACUGGCUUCGCCCAGUAUCUUGACAGCCUAGUAGCUGAGGCUGCUGACCGUGAACACCAAAAGAUCCGGUCGGUCGAAGCGUUUCUCCAAUGCCGUCGAAUUAAUGUAGGGGCGCCGACAAUCUACCUACCAUUGAUACUUGCCUCGGAUCUUCCAGAAGAAGUGUUAUAUCAUCCAGUCAUAAUCGAAUUGACCGGAUAUAUCAACGACAUGGUAAUAAUCGAUAAUGAUAUGUGCUCGUACAACAGAGAGCAAGCCACAGGCCAUGGCGAUUUUAAUUUAGUAACAGUAACCAUGCACGAAUUCCAUCUCACCGUGAAUGAGGCGAUGAACUGGGCGGUAGAUUAUCACUCGAAACUGCAAGGCAAGUUCCUGGACGGGCUGAAGAAGGUACCAUCGUGGGGACCGGAGAUGGACAAGCAAGUAGCAGAUUACCUUUCCGAUCUGGGUAACUGCCCGCGAGGUAACUUAUGUUGGAACUUCGAGAGUGGUAGGUAUUUUGGCGACAAGGGAGCUGAGGUAGAGAGGACUCGCUGCGUGCCGCUACUCCCCAAAUUGGAGAACGACAUGACUUUGCGUCGAGCAGAAGUCUCUGUGCCAAUGGUUGAGCUGCAAAGCUAG